AUGGAUUCUGUCUCAGUCGAUAACCGAAGAAACUCAGAGGAACUGGACAAGGUUGACCAGUCUCCUAAUGAUCCCUAUGCCGGACUCCGGCGUAUUCCUGACAAGUUCCCACGUGUCGCAUUGUUAAUUCUUGUCGUUGAGCUUGGCGAACGGUUCACUUAUUUUGGCCUUAGCGGUCCCAUGCAAAAUUAUAUCAAUAACCCCUAUGAUCCUAGUUCCGGUCUCCCUGGUGCUCUAGGCAGAGGACAAUCCACUGCAUCUGCUCUUGGAAACUUCUUUAAAUUUUGGGCUUAUGCCUCCACAAUCAUCGGCGCAAUCGUUGCAGAUCAAUAUCUAGGCAAAUUCAAAGCCAUCACAAUUUCUCUGGGAAUUUAUAUCGUCGGGUUGACCAUCCUGGUCGCCACCGCGACGCCAGCGGGCCUCAAGAGUGAUGCGGGCUUUGGUGGGUUGGUUACUGCAAUGGUCGUCAUUGGCCUGGGAACAGGUGGAAUCAAGGCCAAUGUCACUCCCAUGUGUGCUGAGCAAUACCAAAACGCACAGCCAGUUCUGAAAACUCUCAAAUCAGGCGAGCGUGUCGUUGUUGAUCCUGAAUUGACCGUACAACGUCUUUUUAUGUGGUUCUACUGGGUCGUCAAUGUUGGCGCCCUCUCCCCAUUAAUUACCGUCAAUGUUGAGGCAAAGCACUCUUUCUGGCUUGCAUAUUUGAUCCCAUUAAUUGCAAUCGUUCUCUCGGGUAUCAUCUUCUUGUCCGGGCAGAAGCGAUAUGUGAAAACUCCUCCUCAGGGAUCUGCUAUUAUUGAUGCAUGCAAGGUCAUGAACAUUGCUCGACAGGAGAAGAAUUUCGAAAGCGCAAAGCCAUCAUCCCUACAGGCUUCCGGACGUUUAAGCAAGUAUUCAUUUGCAUCUUCACCACGUUACACGGAUCAGUACGUCUCGGAUGUCCGCCGAGGCUUCAAAAGCUGUAGAAUGUUUAUUUUCUUCCCCUUCUACUUUGUUUGCUGGGUCCAGAUUUGGAACAAUCUUAUCUCUCAAGCUGGACAAAUGGCGCUGCACGGAACCCCGAACGAUCUCCUGCAAAACCUCGACCCGAUUGCGUUGUGCAUCUUCAUCCCCCUUCUUGACUUGGGCCUGUAUCCAGUGCUUCGCAAGUUCAACAUCAACUUCAGCCCAGUCCGCCGAAUAUUCGCCGGUUUCCUUCUUGUCUCGAUCUCCAUGGUCUAUGCCAGCGUGCUGCAGCAUUACAUCUACAUCUCCCCAGAAAAGAGCAUCCACGUCUGGAUCCAGGCCCCUGCGUAUAUUUUCGUCGCAUUCUCCGAAGCCUUUGUCAUUGUUACUGGCUUGGAAAUUGCCUUCACACAUGCUCCGAAAAACCUGCGCUCCUUUAUCUCCGCACUUUUCUGGCUUAUGAUUGGCAUUGCGGCGGCUAUCUGCAUUGGUUUAAGCCCAGUUUCAGAAGAUCCAAAGCUUGUUUGGAUGUAUGGAUCUCUCGCAAUUGUGGGAUUCGUGGCGGGAUGUCUGUUUUACCUUUGCUUCAGAAAGAGCGACUUGGAUGAUCCCAUUAUCCCAGAACUCGACGGAGUUCCAGUUGAGGGAAAUGGACAGCAUGUUACUCAAGUUGCUGACUAUGGGAAACAUAGUGAAGUUUAG